AUGGAGGGCUCUGUGCUCAGCCCCACAUCCUGGGAAAAGCGGCGGGCAUGGUUGCAAAAGACCCACAACUGGCAGACACAGAUCCUAGAGGAGGAGGCAGCAGCUGCUCUGCAAGAUGUUCCGGACCCUGAGCCCCCCAACUUGGAUGAUGUCUUCUUGGAAGAGUAUCCCACAAAUAAGAUUGAAGACUGGCUACAGGAUUGUGGAUCUUCUGAGGAAGGGUUUCCUGAGGAGCAUGGCCUGUCCAUCCAUGGUGGAUGUCCCAGCCAUGGAGCCAGCUUUGAUGAUGACCUGACCUUGGGAGCAGAGGCAAUUCUGUUAGCAUCCAAUGGCAAACUCCUUUCCAGGAAUUUCCUGGAGACAACUAGGCCAGGGCAUCUACUCAAUCUUGGCUGUAGUAUGGCAUCUAGCAACAUGACCAGUGGGACCAAUAAGACAAGUUCAAGCAUCUCAGAGAUUCUGGACAAAGUCCGGGAGGAUGCAGAGGAUAUCCUCUUCAGUCUAGGCUUUGCCCAAGAUGAUCAUAGAGCCACAGCUCGGAUUCCUGCCCGCUUCUUCACCACCCCCUCCCAGGCAAAGGGCAUUGAUUUCCAGGUCUUCCUGAAAGCUCAGGUGCAAAGGAUAGAGAUGGAGGACCCCUGCUUGAUGCUGGCCAGUCGGUUUAAGCAAGUACAAACAUUGGCCACAACUGCUGAUGCCUUUUUCUGCCUCUACUCCUAUGUGUCCAAGACCCCAGUCCAGAAGUUCAUGCCAUCUCAAUUGUUCUGGCCCAGUGCUGCUGAUGCACCACUCAUUAGGAUCCUUUCCCCAGAAUCUGAGGCCCAAUCCCCUGUGGAGCGUCUUCGGAGAGCUGUAUCCAAGAUGUGCCUGUAUACAACCCCUCGGGAUGGACCAUCUCCACCCCAUGCUCCAACCCAAAGAAAUAGUCUGGAUCAAGUGGUGUGGGAGGUGAUGGACAGGGUGAGAGAAGAUAAACUUGCUCUCCAGGUAGAGCCAAGUGGAAAAGUUGCCCCAGACCUCUCCUCCAGAGAAGAGACAUCACAUUUUCAAACUGAGGAACUUAUCCCUGAGCCUUGCCAUUGCAGAGAUGCAAGGAAGACUAAACUUGUGAACUAUGGGGAUCUGGAAGAAGAAAGAGACACUAAAUGGGAUAGCACUUACAUCUCCAACCAGCCCCCUGCAGGAUUCACUCCACAUAUCUGGAAGGCAUCUACUCCACAGACCUUCUACUGUACAAACACUGAGAUAGCAAAGCCACAGAGCAGACGGGAUCUGGAGUGGAGAGCAGAGGCAAAGGAGCAGAUGACUUGGGUUACAGAGAGAGAACUGUGGGACCUGAAAGUCAAAGAGGAGACACAUUUAAGCAAGGAACAGCACGCCAGUAGCACUCUGGAGCUUUGCAAGAGUCUGAGGUGUCCUGAAAGGACAAGGGUUCAAGCAAGAAGGCGACUAUUCCAGAGGAACUACCAAGGUAUCAAGGGGAGGAGAGUCAGCCCCUUGGAACAGGCCACCACUGAGGAAGAGUUGGGGAAGAACUCAGUGGGAUCAGCUUUGCCCCAAACAAUACCCCAGAGGUUCACUGAACAGCAACGGGACUCCUUAGAUUUGGAGGAGGUGUAUAGCAACAGUGAUGAAGAAGGAAGCCACUGGAUCCGUGAACCUGAGUGUCCUUGCUCACUAUCUCUUGCCACCUCUAGGUGGAAGUCCAGGAGCUUUCUCCUUCACACCAGCAGCACCCACUCUGACAGCAGUGGCUUCGUGGAGGAACAACUCCUUCCACCCGAGUCAUUUGUCAACUGA